UUAAGAUUCAUAAUCUCGCGCAGCUUAAUUCCCUCGCUGAAGAGAGUGGGGGUUCCGCGAUCAACUCGAUUCUUUCCGUCGAUCGUCCCCUUUUCUUUUCCCCUAGGGUUCUAGGUAUCCGGGGAUUCGCUCGAUUCCGGUCUGUUGCUAAACCCCGAGAAAGAGCUCUUCGAGUCCUUCACCCGCCGAUGGACAUCGAAGAGAAGCAGGCCGAUUUGAUCGAUUACUUCGUGAAGCAAGCCCAGAGCCUCACCGGCGCGUCGCUGGCGGGCGUUGUCGUCGACGCCACCUCUCACCCUUCUUUAUUUGCCUUCUCCGAGAUCCUCUCCGUUCCCAACGUCGCAGAGCUUCAAGGAACCGAGCAUUCAAAAUAUUUAGACCUUCUUCAGUUGUUCGCUCAUGGCACAUGGAAUGACUACAAGAGUAAUGCUGUCUCUCUUCCAAUUUUAGCACCUGAUCAAGUACGGAAGCUGAAGCAACUCAGUGUUCUUACGUUGGCAGAGACAAGCAAGGUGCUUCCUUAUGAUCAACUGAUGCAAGAACUUGAUGUUUCAAAUGUGCGGGAACUUGAGGACUUCCUUAUCAAUGAGUGCAUGUAUGCGGGUAUAGUUAGAGGAAAGCUGGAUCAGUGGCGUAGAUGCUUUGAGGUGCAAUUUGCUGCUGGGAGGGAUCUAAGACCCGCACAGCUUGAUGGCAUGAUACAAACAUUGUCGAGCUGGUUAGCAACUUCAGACAAUCUGCUAUUGACGAUCCAAGAGAAAAUCAGAUGGGCUGACACCAUGGGUGAGCUGGAGAAAAAACACCGAAAGGAGGUUGAGGAUAGGAUUGAUGAAGUAAAGAAGAACCUUAAGGUCAGAUAUGUUGGUCGAAAGCAUCUUACUUACUUGAUGGCAGAAGCUACAAACUAUAAGCAGGCCGACAUGGACUUGCGAGGCCAUGAGGAGUAUUCUGAGCCCGGAGUGAUGGACUAUGAGGAAGACCGAAGCCGACCCAAAAGGAGACGGCAGCCAUUGGUGUAGAUUACUGCUGGAUUGGUUGGGGUUUGAGGGCUCCUUUCCCGGGCGAACCAUCAGAUUGCAUUGGUGCUUUGGUUAUUUUUCUGGUGAUGCCCUUCAGGCGACAUUUUGUCCGCGGUCUUGUGCUGAGCGUGUUUUAUAUUCGGCGACGGUUUUCGUCAUUUUCAUUCUCCGACACUUUGUUAUUAGAUAAAAACUCCAAAUUAAAUAGACAUUUUUUGUUGUCA